AAAUGACAUAAAGAAAAAUACGGAAAUCAGAAAUGGCUGCGAUGGGUAGUGGACGAGGGACGAUGGAUUCCCAAAAUCAAGUGCAAAGUGAUGCUAUAGAUCGUUUAAAAUUGCUGUAUCCCAAUGUGAACGAAGAUGAAACACCACUGCCAAGGUCAUGGAGUACUAAGGACAAAUUCAGCUACAUCGGAUUGUCGCAAAAUAAUCUCAGAGUGCACUACAAAGGUGGCCUGCAGGGCGCGGGUAGGCGACCGCACCUGUCCUACCUCCACUUACGUCUCUGGAUGUAUCGACAUGGCAAGACUCACAAGGACGCGGCCAGUGUACGAGCCACGCACCCCAUCCCCGCGGCCUGCGGGCUCUACUAUUUUGAAGUGAGGAUCGUGUCGAAGGGCCGCGAUGGAUACAUGGGCAUCGGACUGUCGGCGCACGGUGUCAACAUGAACCGCCUGCCGGGAUGGGACAAGCACUCGUACGGCUACCAUGGCGACGACGGGCACUCGUUCUGCUCGUCGGGCACCGGCCAGCCCUACGGACCCACCUUCACCACGGGUGACGUCAUCGGCUGCGGUGUCAACCUCGUCGACAACACCUGCUUCUACACCAAGAACGGACAUCAUCUCGGUAUCGCGUUCAGAGGACUGCCGCCCAAUCUCUACCCGACAGUGGGCCUGCAGACUCCCGGCGAGGUUGUCGACGCGAACUUCGGCGAUCAGCCCUUCGUAUUCGACAUUGAGGAUAUGCUGCGAGAGCUGCGCGCCCGGACCAGGGUCACCAUCGACGAGUUCCCGCUGCCGGAGGGACAGGGGCAAUGGCAGCAGGUGUUACACAGGAUGGUAUCGACGUACCUGGUGCACCACGGCUACUGCAGCACUGCGCAGGCGUUCUCGCGCGCCACCGGACAGACCAUCGACGAAGACAUCGCCUCUAUUAAGAAUAGACAGCGUAUAUCCAGCUUAGUGAUGUGUGGACGGAUCGGUGAGGCGAUAGAGAGCACACGGCGAGCCUGGCCCGCGCUGUUGGAGCGGGACCCUGAGCUGCUGUUCCUGCUCAAGUGUCGCCAGUUCGUGGAGAUGGUGAACGGAGCCGACUCCGAGGUCACGCAGGCGUGCAGCGCGGCGUGCAGCAACGGCGUGGCCACGUCCGUCAUCUCGCACACGUCGCAGCCGGCCGCCCCGCUCGCACCGCACGCCGCGCACAACGGACUGCCGCACACCAACGGUGUGACCGACAUAUCGGACGCGGACGACAGACAGAGCUGCGACGUGGACAUGACGCCCUCGCCUGCGCACACGGCCACACCUACCCCCACUAACGGAGCACACCUCGGUCUGCCGGUCAAGGGCAUCCCCGGGGUGACAUGCUGCGUGUCGGCGCUGCUGCCCCGCGCGCUCGAGGGGGACAGCUGUCGCGCGUCCGUGGAGAAGAUGCUGGCGUUCGGGCGCGAGCUGUACGCCAUGAGCCAGAAGCUGACGCAGCAGCACUACCACAAGUCCAUGCUGGAGGACGCGUUCAGCCUGCUGGCGUACAGCAACCCGUGGUCGAGCCCCGUGGGCUGGCAACUGGCGCCGGUGCGGCGCGAGGCGGUCUGCGAGGCGCUCAACGCAGCCAUCCUGGAGUUCCAGGGCAUGCCGUGGAUCUCCCCGGUGGAGGCGUGCGCGGCCCACUCCCGCGACCUGCUCAAGCGCAUGGCGCGCGCCUCCCUCGGCGCCUGCGCCUUCGCCGACCUGCCCGCGCUGCUGCGCCGCUGACGGCCGCGCCACAAGCCCCGCCCCCUGCAAUGAUUUGAUUACUAUAUACAGUGUUUAAUACUUCGCACGGAACUAUUUCAUGUCUUACGUUUGGUUGUUAGUAGUGUUUAUUAGCCGUUUUGGGUGCGUCAUCGACUUGGUAGCCAUUGGGGAGACGCGGGGCGGCGACAGUGCGGUGCAGGUGUGUGGACCUUGUGAUUAUAUAAUUAUAGCGACGUAGCGUAGCGGGCGACACGGACUGACGCCGACACCGGCGUGUUUCUUAGCUGUACCGACAUAGACUAUAUACUUUAUAUAAUAUAAUAGAUAGUGAUUGUUAGAGUAAUGGCGGGGAGUAAUAUGAUCGAGGACAGAGCGGUCCUGCCGCUGUGUGUUGUGCUUCACGACUCACUGUGAUCAUGUAUAUAUUAUGUUAUGUCGACACCCCCUAUAUAUUGAUUGUUCUUAGGUAUACUGAUAAAUCAUUGGAUCUACCGACGGGACUUGCUAAAUGUAAGGACUCAUACAAAAGGCACUAUUCUUAUACCAUUAAAAUUUGGUACUUGCUUGGUACCAAGAGAAUGGUGCUAAAACUUCGAAAAUCAUUGAACUUUACCAUUGAGAAUUGGUAAGUCAUAGAUUCAUUGAACAAUCUUAGGAUUUACCAAAGUUUGGGUUUUACCGUAACAAUGGAUACAUCACUAGAUGUCCGAAUAUAUAACUGAGUGAUAUUUAUUACUCACGAUAUUGUGUUCGAGAUAUGUAAUUAUUCAAUAUGGAUGCGACAACAUACGACUCAAUGUAACUUUUUUACGUCGUAAUUGUGUCGCCGCUUGUAAUUGGAAACAAUUUGAAUUAUUAAAAUAAUAAUUUCGUGGCGUUUUGAUAUAUUAUGUAUUAUGUUAUGAGUGAAAAGGGUUCAUUCUAGCUUUUUGUCGCCCUUUGUACAAAAUAUUGAUUUAAGCUAAUCAAUUUUUAGUAAUGGUACCGUUUCCGAUCUAGAUUAAACUAUUGUUCUGUAUUAGAUAAUCAAAUAUAAUAAUCCAUACUUACCGUCGACUUGACCGGGAAAAGUUGUGAAACAUAAUGUGUUUCUUUGUAUGAAGUCUUAGAACGCCACGGACUCGGUAUUGGGGGCUCAUAUCGUUUGCUUACAUACUGUAGAUACAGAUAAACAUGCUCACACAAAUUAUUAGCAUCAUAAUCAUUGUAUUACGUCGCCGUGAUGAAAGAUUUUGAAUUCAUGUUCCACAAAAUUACUCUUAUUAUUAUUUCGGCAAUAAAAUAACGCUCUAACUCGUAUCAAUGUUUUUAUCAGUCUGCAUUGAAUUACGCGCAAAAACUGUCGAAGUUAAGUCCAACAACAGCCCAAUAAAAACCACCCGUUACCAGCCAAAAACUCCAACGUGACGUUAUUCACGUUUCAGUUAAGUUGUCAAAAUGCCGUAUUUUAUACUUUUAUUUUAUUGAAUAUCUUUAUACUAUAUCAAAACGGGGUCGUUUUUAGAAUCCUAACAUGUUGUGUUUUUUAAUUAAAACCAUUUAUUCUUUGAUUUUCAAUACUGUCAUCGUGACCAUUUAUUUCGUAUGAUCUUGCGAUACUAGCGCCACUCUGGAGGAAUUUGGAACUGUUACUUAAAUUUGACACUUGCUACUGACAACUGUGUCCCAUGAGAUUUUUUAAAUUUCUCUAACCUCGAUAUGGACAAAUAGCUAACAAUGGUGCCUUUUAAUGUGAACCUUCAUUUACUUUAGUUUACAAGUUAAAUACUCGUACUAAUAUAUCUUUGGACUUGAGAUUGAAUAUUAUAUUUAUGUCGUUUUGAUAAAUGUUGAGUUUUUUAAGAAAUUGUUUUGAGGGACAAAAUUAUUUUUUGGUAUAACAAAUUAAUGUUUUGAUAUAAGAUUUACUGAUCACACACAUUUACACUCUAAAGCAGAAAGCGGAAAAUUGUUCAAACUCAUAAUGUUAAUCGUAUUGUAAGUAAAUGAUAUGAACCGAUCUGAUCCUGUAUAAAGAUGUAUAUGUAUAGUGAGAGCGAGACAGAGGUGGGCGGGGCGCCGGGUGCGAGCGAGACGGACUGACGUUACGUCACAAAGCUACCUAUAUGUGUUGUGUUGGCAGUGCUAUAGUGCGGUGUGACUCUGUCCCGCUCGGAGCCGAGGCCGCGCGGUCUCCGGUGUAAAGAUCAACAAUAUUGUUCGUAUAUUGUAUUGUUUUCUUUUUUAAUAAUAUAUUGUGUUUAAGCCGUG